CAUUUUUGUGGCUAAUACGGAAAUACGCGAGUCGCCAUCCUGAAGUGGCCCUCAAUCGAUCAUGAAAUCAACGGCGGCAGGAGUAGCACUGCUACUUCUCGUGUUAAAUCAUUCAAGUGAUGCGUUUGUCCACAAUUGGCAUUCGGGUCCCAUCAACUGUCACGAGUGUUCCGGCCUCGAUGAAUGCUCUGCGGGAUCUGGAGCCUUAAGAAAAUGCCUGGAAAACGAGGCCCAAAGCUGUGUGGCCAUUUUCGAUAACAGUGGCGCUGUAAUUCAAAGGGGCUGCAGCGAUAAUUUGGAGUCAGUUUGCACAACGAGUGGGGACAAUUGCUACGAGUGCCGAUCGCACGGUUGUAAUUCCCUGAAAACCAAUGAAGAUUUGCUUCAGUGCGUCGUUUGCGAUGCCCAAAGCGAUGACAAUUGCGUUUUCGACAUCGAACUUGUGACUGAGAGAAGGAGGUGCAACCAACAGUGUCUCACUGCACUUUAUCCCACGAACAGCGAAGUGGGCGCUCCCUUGGAAUUGGUUCGCAGUUGUUUGGACGAUCUCGAUUUGGAUGAUCGCGAGGCCUGCUCCGAAGGAACACUUGAAAAUUGUGUAGCCUGCAGCUCGGCAAGUUGUAACACCGUGGAUUUGGGAGUUCGAGGCAGUUGUAAUUACUGCAAAGGAGACUGCAGCAGUCCGCAGUCGAUAACCUGCAGAGCUGUUCCAUCGGGAGGCAAUGAGGAGAGUUGCUUCAUCGAAUUCGAUGAGGCGGGAACCAUCUACGAAAUGGGUUGCCUAAGUCAAUACAAUGUUAGCGAUGUUACCCUCUUAGAAACCAAUAAGCAGCUAUGGUACUGCACUGGUGACAAUUGCAAUGUGGAAUCUGCUCUGGCCAAGCCAACAACUUGUAAUCUGUGUAGCUCUCGUACUGAUGAAGAUUGUGCUGUGGCUCCUGAAAAUGUGGCAACUAAUACCACAUGCGAGAGUCUUGUGAACUCCGAUUGUUAUUCGAGGAUUCUGGAUAAUGGACACACAGAGAGGGGUUGUCUCACCAGUUUGGAGGGCGAGGAUUACCUGGAUUGUCUCAAGGAUAGCAACUCCACCAAAUGUGCGAGGUGCUCUGGAGAAACUUGCAAUAAGGAGCUCCAACCCACUGAACGUUUGAGUUGUCAAAUCUGCGAUUCCAGUGAGAGUUCAACCUGCGAGGGAGUUCCAAGUGCCUCAGCUCUUUGCCUUCUGCACACCGCCAAUCAGCAGUGCAUAACAUCCAUAGAUCUCGCGGGAAAUACCCAACGUGGAUGCAGUGCCUCCGUGGAAUGCGAUUCUACAAAUCCCAGGAAGUGUCAGACAUGCACUGGGGAAAAUUGCAACACCGUGAAUCUGAAGAGGGUAGAAGAUGGCCAGCCAGGAUUGUGGGGUCAAGAUUUGCCCCUAAGUUGCCAGAGUUGUGCGGAUGCCACAAGUUGCGCCGCCACCGAACUUUCGAAUGUAACCUGCACCAGUGAAUCGGAAUACUGUGUGACGGUAUUCAAUGCCGAGGGAUCUGUGACCGCCAAGGGAUGCAGCCAAGUGGUUGAGGAAUCCUGGAGCACUUACUGUGAUGCCAACGGAGGAAACUGCCACAACUGCAACUCGAAUGGAUGCAACUCGGCAAGAUCGUUGGAUGCCUACACCGAAUGCAUAUACUGCGACUAUGAAAACGAGGAUUGUGCCACCAAUGCUGCGAAUGUCAAGUCCCGUCGCCUUUGCAAUGGUCAAUGUAUGACCGCAUCUCGCAGGAGAUCCAGUGAAAGUAUUGUUUACGACACGGUUCGAGGAUGUUUGGAUGACAAGGAACCGGAGGAUCAGGCGAUUUGCAUUGCUGGAACCGAUAACGAUUGCAAAGCUUGCUCUGGAGCCAAUUGCAAUGUGGAUAAUCUCAAUGAGAGCACUCUUUCUUGCUUUAAAUGCUCUGGAGAUGAAUGUGCUGAUCCGGACGCCAGUCUGUGUAGCCAAUACAGUCCCGAGGAUCAGUGUUAUAUCUACUUUGACUACGAGGCGGAUAUCAAGGCCAUGGGCUGCCGUUCCGAUUUGGAUGAGGAGUUCGUGGAUGAUUACUUCCACUCGCUUUUGUUCUGCAACACCAGCAAUUGCAACAACUUUGAAAAUUUGCCAACUCCCAAGCAAUGCAUCGUUUGUGAUUCAUCCGAGGAUCCCAACUGCGCCACGGAUCCCUCGAAGAUCACUCUGAUUGGAAACUGUGGAGUCUUGCCUUACACCAGCUGCCAAACGCGCGUCAGAAAUGGUAUCACCCAGCGAAGUUGUCUGAGCAGCUUGCCCCGCGAACAGUUGGAGGAGUGCCUCGCUGGCACCGGAACCUGUGAGGUUUGCACCGGCGAUCGUUGCAAUGCAGAGAUAUAUCCCGCCGAUCGUCGUCGCUGUCAGAGGUGUGAUUCCGUAUCCGAUCCCACCUGUCAAUCGAAUCCCGAUGCUGCGGAGGUGUGUCCUUAUUACCUGGAGAACGAGGGAUGCAGUGCCAAGUUGGUGGAUGGAGAAACCUAUCGCGGUUGCCAGCGGGAGUUCACCUGCGAUGAUUCGGACAAACAGCACUGCCGCUUGUGCUCCGGCAAGGAUAACUGCAAUGUGGCGGAUCUGUAUAACUCAUUCAUCGGAUAUCCCAAGAAGUGGUCCACUCCGCCAGUCAAUUGCUAUACUUGCAAUGGCACCGAGUGCCAGGGAUCGAGUUCGGGAACAUUGCGCAAGUGUACAGGCAAUGAUGAGCAGAAUUGCGCCACCGUUUUCGACGCCUCUGGCUUGGUGAUCCAUCGCGGUUGCUCCGAUACUCUCUACGCAGAUGCGGAGCUCCUCCAGUUCUGCGAUGAAAACUCCAGCAAUUGCAAGUUCUGUCAGUCGACGGGUUGUAAUAACGCCACUUCAUUGAAUUCCUAUGUUGACUGUCUGUACUGCGAUGGUAGCGAUCAGGCCGAAUGUGUCCGAAAGGUGGGAGAUAUUACAAGGACUUUAUCCUGCCAGGGCAGCUGCUUCACUGGUCUAUACCCCCGCAACAAAUCGGAUACCAAUCCUAUUUACGAUCUGUCCCGCGGUUGUUUGGAUGAACUGGAGUACGAUGAUCGUGAGGCGUGUGCAGCUGGCACCUUGGAGAACUGUGCUUCCUGCUCGGGUGCCUCUUGCAACAAGGACGACGUGCCGGAGGAUCGUCUGAGCUGUCUAGUCUGCCAGGACUCGGAUUGCGAGACCACCGUCAGUGAACUUUGCUUGGGCUAUCGGUCCGGGGAACAAUGCUACAUCCACGUGGGCGAUAAGAGCAUCGAGGCCAUGGGUUGUGCCACCGAUCUGGCAGAUACUUUCCUCUUCACCAACCGCAGGGACUUGUAUCUCUGCUCUGGCAACGAUUGCAACACCAAGGAUAAACUUAAUUUGGAAGGCGUGUCCUGCAAUAUCUGUAAUUCCACCUAUGAUGACGGCUGUGUGAGUGGCAGUUCAUCUGAAGUGGCUGUUUGCCAGCACUACAUUAACCCCGAUUGUUAUAGCUUUUUAAAUGAGGAUGGCGUUUUGCUGCGUGGUUGCCUUAUGGACACGGAUGACGAAGUCUUUGAUGAAUGCUCCAGUUCUAGCAGCACCAACUGCACCAUUUGCAGCACGAACAAUUGCAACAAUGAGGUUUAUCCCACCGAUUGGCUGACUUGUCUACGUUGCGAUUCCGCCAGUGAUGCGGACUGUGCCCUGAAUCCCUCCAGCUAUUCCAGUUACUGUCGCACUUACUCAGAGGACGAUGCCUGUGUGACUUCUUUGACCAACGGACGCACUCGUCGUGGCUGCCAAUCGGAGUUAAAUUGCGACGCAUCUCAGGGUGGAAAUUGCCGGAUCUGCUCCGAAGCCAAUUGCAAUGAUGUGGACCUGCAGUCGGGAUAUGUCGGUGAGCCAGGAAAGUGGACGGACCUCCCCUUAAGCUGUCACGUUUGUACGGAUGCCGCCAGUUGUGCCGCCGUUGGAACGGAAACCACCAAGUGUGAGGGUAACAACAAGCAGACCUGUGCCACUGUCUUCAAUUCCGAGGGUCAAGUGGUGGCCAGAGGAUGCAGUGAUGCGGUUCAGGCUGCCAAUACGGACUACUGUGAUUUGAACAAGGAUAGAUGCCUGCAGUGCAAGUCGGAUGGUUGUAACAAUGCCCUCUCCUUGGAUGCCUAUGUGGAUUGCUACUUCUGCGAUGCCGAGGACGAUGAGAACUGUGCGUGGGAGAAGCCAGAGACAACAAGGAAGUGCCAGGGUCAGUGCAUGGUGGGAUUGUAUCCUCGCAGCUCCUCUUGGGACUCGGCACUGCUGCCCACUCGCGGUUGUCUGGACGAUCUGAACGAGGCGGAGCGAACUUCCUGCGCCGCAGGAACUCAUUCCAACUGCACCGCCUGCACGGGAUCCCUUUGCAAUGGUGAUGAUGUCGUUGCGAACCCACAGGAGUGUUACGUCUGCAAGGAUCCUGAUUGCGAGGACCCCGCAACGGCUAAGUGUGUGGCUUACAGGGAGGAGGACCAAUGCUACUUAGCUUACGAUGAUUCCAAUGUGGUUGCCAUGGGAUGUGCCAGUGACUUUGAGACGCAGGUGAUCCGGGAGCUGGUGGCCCAGCAGAGGUUACUCCUUUGCUCCGGACAGAGAUGCAAUGACUACAGCAUUACACCAGAUCCCGAGACCUGUUUGCAGUGCAGCUCCUUGGACGAUCCUCGAUGUGCCACCAAUCCCAAUCAGCUGCUUACCACGGCCAUUUGCUCGCAGUUGCCCUACACGCAGUGUGUGACCCAGAUCGAUAGUCAGGGCAGCACCAUUCGAGGAUGCCUGUCCAGCUUGGGUGGCGGAGAUUUCUACGAGUGUCUGACAGGCGAUGGAGAGCUCUGCAACACCUGCACUGGCGAUCGUUGCAAUGGAUUGAGCGUGUUCCCUGCAGAUCGUAGGAAGUGCUACCAGUGCGACUCUUCCAGCAAUGAAAAUUGCGCUUCAUCUCCGUCAAGUCUCACGAGCACAGUGUGUCCCGUUUACUCGAAGGACGAGUCCUGUGUGACCACCUUGCUGGAUGGCGUCACCUACAGGGGUUGCAACUCCUCACUCACCUGCUCGAAUCCCUCGGACUCGAGCACUUGCCGAAUUUGCAGUGCCGCCGAUGGCUGUAAUACCGUCAACCUGGAAAGGAUCUCAGAGGAUGGCUUGCCUGGAGCUUGGCAGGAUGUGCCCAUUAGCUGUUUGACUUGCUCCGGCACUGAUUGCGCUUCUGGAGGUGGCACCCUAACCAAGUGCACGGGAUACGACAACUGUGUGACCGUCUUUGAUGCAUCCAGUUCAGUUACCCAAAGGGGUUGCUCAGAAUCAGUGUUCGAGAGCAGCACUUACUGCGAUGAGAACCCUGCCUCCUGUCCGCGCUGCAACUCGAAUGGUUGCAACACCGCCGACUCCCAAUCAUCCUAUGUCGAGUGCAUCGUUUGCGAUUCAAGUCAGAACUCCACCUGUGUCACUGAUCCCACGCAGAUCACAAAGACACGUCAGUGCAACGAGCGUUGUGUCUCGGCAUUCCUGCCUUUGUUCGGAGAAACCGAGGACCCCAGUUAUGCGCUGAUCCGCAAUUGUUACGAUGACCUGGAGAAGGAGGAUCGCGAUGCCUGCACGGCUGGAAGCAAGAAAUUCUGCGCCACCUGCGAGGGAGCCAAGUGCAAUUCGGAGGACUUGGUGGCCAGUCGACAGAGCUGCUUGGUUUGCCAAGGCGACGAGUGCCAGAGUCCAAAGGCCAGCAGUUGUGGAAAUUACAGGGAGAACGACGAGUGCUACAUUCAGUUCGAUGAGGAGAGGUCCAUUUCAUCCCUCGGCUGCUUGAGUGAGUUGAGCCACGAGGAUAUCUAUCUGCUUAAGCGAUCGAAGAGAUUGCUGACCUGCAGUGAUAACGAUUGCAAUACCAUUGAAUCCGUGCCGGAAAGUGAGAGUUGCACAUUGUGUAGCUCGCGUACGGAAGCCAAUUGUGCAAUCAGUCCUUCGAGUGUGACUUCUGCUACCACUUGCGCCUUCGGUGGCUUCCCUGAGUGCUAUUCCCGUGUUCUUUCCGAUGGUAGCACCGAGCGAGGAUGCCUCUCCAGCCUGGAGGAUGACGAGUUCCUUUCGUGCUACAAUGGUACUUCGAGCUCCUGCAGCUCCUGCCAAGGAAGCGGUUGCAACCAGCAGCUCUACCCCAGCGAUCGACGAUCCUGCCACGUUUGCAACUCCGAGACGGAUGCCAAUUGCGAGUCCAAUCCCAGUAGCCUCACUGUUUGCUAUCUGUACGAAGCAGAUGACACGUGUGUGACCAAUCUAAGGAACGGAGUGACCUACAGGAGCUGCUCCUCCUCGCUGAGCUGCGAGGCGAAUGCCAAGACCUGUGUCCACUGCGAAGGCGAUGGCUGCAAUUCGGUUGAUCUGGCUGCCAAGUCGGAUGACAACAUUGGCAAGUGGCAGGAUCUGCCGUUGGAGUGUCUCACCUGCGAGGGCACCGGUUGCCAGGCGGAGGAGAUUCCCGCGGUCAAGUGCCAGAACAACAACGAACAGGAUUGUCUGACCGUUUUCGGAGCAGAUGGCACGGUUACCCGUCGCGGUUGCCAGGAUGAAGUCGAAGCUGAUUCCGCCAUCUCAACCUACUGCGGUUCCAAUGCCGGCAGUUGCCCCUCUUGCAAAUCCAACAGCUGCAACAAUGCCACCGCUCUGAGUCAGUACAACACCUGCAUCUAUUGCGACUCCUACAAGGACUCCUCCUGUCUGUGGGAUCCAACGAGCUCUACUCACAGGACUCGUCUGUGCCAGGGACAAUGUAUGACCGCUCUCUACGGAAGCAGCGAUUCUGGAUUGGAUCUCAUUCGAACUUGCUUGGAUGACAAGGAGGCAGCGGAUCAACUGAUCUGCGCCAGUGGAAACGAUACAUCUUGCACCGCCUGCAGUGGAAAUUCCUGCAAUGUACAAGCUGUGCCGGAGGAUCGCCUGAGUUGCUACACCUGCGAGGGCGACGAUUGCGAGGAUCCGCAGCCCAAGACUUGUGCCGUCUACAAACCGGAAGACAGUUGCUUCAUCUGGAUCAGCGAGGAUAACGACUUGCAGCAACUUGGCUGCCUGAGUUCCUUCCGCAACCAGGAUCUGGAGGCCAUCAUCAAGACGAAGCGGAUAUCUGUGUGCAACGGCACCAACUGCAAUAUUCCCCAGCUCCAGAGUCCGGUGGAAUGUGCCGUCUGCGAUUCCCGAGAGGAUCCCACUUGCGCCACCGAUGCUACUGCCAUCGGCAAUUUCGAGACCUGCAGCCAGUUGCCGCACACCGGAUGUUACACCAAAUUGGAGGACGAUGGUUCCACUAACCGUGGUUGCCUGUACAAUCUUGGCCAGUCUGAAUUCGCCGCCUGUCUUCUUGGAAACGAUGCCAACUGCUCCGUGUGUUCCGUUGAUGGAUGCAAUCGUGAGAUCUUCCCUGCUGAUCGUCAAGUUUGCUACUCGUGUACUUCUGCCGAUGAUUCGAGCUGCGAAUCGGAUCCCACUUACACUUUGGCCUGUGCGGUGGUCAGUGAUACGGAGACCUGCAAGACCCUCCUUACCGGAAAUGUUACCACUCGUGGAUGCAGCAGCCUUGUGGAAUGUGACACUGAUGACUUCCAGAACUGCCGCAGUUGCUCCGGCAGCGAGUGCAAUGCCAUCGAUUUGGCCAAUCGAGUCGAUGAUGGUCAGCAUGGAUUGUACCAGGAUCUCCCCCUGAAGUGUCACACUUGCGUCGGCGAACAUUGUUUGAGUUCCCUGGGGCCUGCUGUUACCUGUUCCCGGAAUACCGAACAGGAUUGUAAGACUGUCUUCGCCGCGGAUGGAGUGACGGUGACGAGGAGAGGUUGUUCCGAUGAUGUGGAUGACUACGAGGAUCGCUAUUGCCGCAAGAAUCCCCAGUUGUGCUUCACCUGCAAGUCGAACGAAUGUAACGACGCCUGGUCCACGGAUGAGUAUGUGAGCUGUACCUUCUGUAACUCUGCCAACAAGGAGUCCUGCGUCACUGAUCCCACGGAAUCUGGUUUAACUGAACGCAGUUGCAAGGGUCAAUGUUUGGUGGCUCUGAAUGGCGAGAACUUGAUUCGAUCCUGUUUGGAUGACAAGGAACUGUACGAUCGCCCCUCUUGCACCAACGAUGAAAGUGGUACGAAUUGUGCCAGUUGCUCUGGAGAGAACUGCAACACCUUCUCGUAUCCCGCGGAUCGAUUGAGUUGCCACACCUGCGAGGAUUCCUCUUGUUUGAGCAGCAAGUCCCAAGCUUGCUUGGCCUACAGGUCGGAUGACUACUGUUUUGCCAAAUAUGCAGCUGAUGGAGGACUUGAACUCCUGGGCUGUGCUAGUAGCCAGAAUUCAUCCAGCUUGGAGGAGUGGCAGGAGGCCAAUCAGUUGUAUUCCUGCACAGGAAGCGAGUGCAAUGAACUGAGUCGAUUGCCCAGCGAAGGCGAGUGUCUUUCGUGUGAUUCCAGCAGAUCCUUGGAGUGCGCCCAGGAUCCCACGUCUGUGAUUGGAUCCAUCUCCUGCCACGCCCCCAAUUCCGAUUGUAUAACUCGUCUGGAGAAUGGCCAUACGAUCCGUGGUUGCAAGAGUGCACUGAGCACCAGUGACAGCGACAGCUGCGUGGCCAAUGGAACCUGUGCCGUGUGUUCCGGAGCCAAGUGCAACUCGGAGAUCUUCCCCAACAACCGACGACGCUGCCACAUUUGCAACUCUUCCGCAGAUGAGAACUGUGCCAAGCAGCCAAAUAGUUUGGCCAUCUGUCCGAUUUAUGCCGCCAAUGAUGGAUGUGUUACCUCUUACAACGAUGGACUUUUGCGAAGAGGAUGUGCCAGCGAAUUGGAGUGCGAAAUCGACAGCGAGGAUCACUGCCAGAGGUGCUCCACGGAUGGUUGCAAUACGGCCGAGCUCACGGGCUCCGCAGGUGGACUUUCCGGAAUCGGACUGGGUCUCACCAUCGUCCUUGCCUGGCUGAUCAGCUUCACUCAGCGGUUUUGAAGUUCCAUUUCCUCCAUCUAGUUAGGUAGAUUUAUAUAAAGUAUUCUUAUGAAAUUAGAUUGAUGUAAUGAGGACGAUCGCACGAUCUAUAAACGAUUUGUAAAUAAACCAAAUGACAAUCUUAAAACAAUAA